AUGGAUUACCUCUCUUGGAACAUGAACAUGUUGAAGCAUGAUAAGAAGUUCAAGUUCCAUCCUAAGUGUGGUAAGCUCAAGAUCACACAUGUCACUUUUGCUGAUGAUCUCCUCUUAUUCUGUAAAGGGGAUGUUUACUCAAUUCAAAAGUUAUAUCAAUGUGUCAAGGAUUUUGGAGUCACUUCUAACCUUGAAGCAAAUCUCUCUAAAUGUUCAAUAUUCUAUGGAGGAGUUAAGGACUCUGUUAAAAGCUCAAUUCUUGGAUGCCUGGGUUUUCCUGAAGGAGUCUUCCCUAUAAGAUAUCUUGGUGUUCCUCUAAUUUGCAAGAGAUUAUCAUACGUUGAUUGCACUCCUCUUUUUCAGAAAAUCUCUACUAGGGUCCUGCAGAAGAUUGAUGAUUUAUGUAGAGAUUUCCUAUGGGGUAAAACAGAUCAAGCUUUUAAAUCCCCACUGGUUGCUUGGGAUAAAGUUUGUAAAGAGAAGAAAUAUGGAGGUCUGGGGAUAUUUUCAGCAAAAAUCUGGAACAUUGCCUCUGCUCUAAGAACCAUAUGCUUCACAAAUGCAGUUUGGAAUGGAAUCAUGGAUUGGCUUCAAUUCGAUUGGAAGCUUGUGACUGGAAUCGCUUGCUAG